GUUUCGUAAAGCAGUGUUUAAAAAGGCUCGCGCUACUGUUUGCCCGUGUGUACACCACAUUUUUCUCACAGACAUCAACUCAUUCAAACUACUUAACUGUUAUUCAAAGCAAUAGGUUUAAAUUCAGUACGGUAGUUAUAUCACACGUAAGUUGUUUUAAACUUUAUGAACUAUUUUAAAUUAUAUAAACAAUAAACUAGAAUAACUUACACCGAUUUUAAAAAUAUAUAUAAAAUAUUUUUUUUUUAAUUUUCGAAUAAUAACAGAUUCAGAUUAGUGAUGACAAAAUUCACAUCAAAGGUGAGAUUAAAUAGGAAUGAAAUUAUCAAAAUGUGCAACGUUUUAAGAAAAAUGUUAAUAGAUUUUUUCGCCCAAAAUAUUCUCUUUCUUUAUUUUUUUGGCUGAUCCCAAAUAAAAGUAAUUUACCAAAUCAUUAUUUAUCUAACUAGUUAUGGCCCACCAAACAAUGUCAGGGGCAAUGCGUGAACUUCCCAUCUACUAACGUUAUUUGUCAAAACGUACAUUCACGUUAUGAGCUUUAUAAGAAUCCCAUUUAGUGCUGCCCCCCUCCCCCAUGAACGCCAUCACAUACUUUUUUUACGCCCCUGAACUAUAAAUGUAUUCAUAUUAUAAUGUCACCCCCUUUUACAACCCCAAGAUUUAUUACAUCAUAUUUAAAUUUCGACUUUAUUUCCGUAAGUCAAAAGAAACUAUUCCGCACCAAACACACUGACGUGCGCUAUUGUUAGGAAUCUCAUUUUGCGCAGCACUCGGGAUUAUUUUUGUAAAAAUCCCACACUGUUGAACUCAUCAUUACACCAUAGGCCUAGAUUCUUUCCUACGUCCAUAGGCCUAGAUUCUUUCCUACGUCCAUAUGCCUAGAUUCUUUCCUACGUCCAUAGGCCUAGAUUCUUUCCUACGUCCAUAGGCCUAGAUUCUUUCCAACGUCCAUAGGCCUAGAUUCUUUCCAACGUCCAUAGGCCUAGAUUCUUCCCUACGUCCAUAGGCCUAGAUUCUUUCCAACGUCCAUAGGCCUAGAUUCUUCCCUACGUCCAUAGGCCUAGAUUCUUUCCUACGUCCAUAUGCCUAGAUUCUUUCCUACGUCCAUAGGUCUAGAUUCUUCCCUACGUCCAUAUGCCUAGAUUCUUUCCUACGUAGAUACUGACUUGUAUUGAUUUGUAUUUAAUAAUUAAUGUAUUAGUAACUGCACAUUGUUUUGAAAUUAUUUUUUUUUUUAAUCUGAAAAAUAAUAAAUGAAACAAAAUGUUAAAUGUUCACAGGACAAUGCCUCCAACAAAUCACCCACACCAGAAUGGCGUUCAUGGCAGCAGGGAUUCUCAUGUCCCCAACGGUCGGCCCACGCCCAUGGAAGUAGAGAACGGGAACGGACUGACCAUCACAGCGUCACUAAGUGAAUCUCCUCGUUUUGCUAGAAGGAACCCGCCAGUCAGUUCAAAUGAGUGUGUUACCGUUAGUCCAAGGCCUGGGGAUCGACCAACUACACACAUGGUUCUCAAACAAGGCAACGGAGAACUGAAAGUUGUCGAGACUAGGCCCCACGCUGCAGUCAGUGGACAAGCUGGUGUCCUAGGAACCAUUACCAUUAGUGAGGCUAAUGAUAAUUUUCAAAUGUUUGUUAAAAACUUUUCUGACAGUAAAAGCUAUACAUUUGUGGUACAGAAAAGCUACGGAGUUGAGGAGCUGAUGGACAUGAUUUUUGAAAAAUUGCGCAUUCCUAAGGAUCAGCAACUUUUGACCUAUGGUGGCAAAAAUCUGGUGGUUGGAAUGACCCUUGCGCACUACGAUAUAAAAGAGAACUCCACUGUUUUUCUGACUGGGCGUCUUCGAGGUGGCUAGAAGAUAUGGAACAUGAAAUCACUCAACGAUAAGCCCUCAAAAUAUUACCAGUUGAGCCCCAGCAGCAGAAUGGCGCGGUAAAUGGACUGAACUAGUGAGAGAGCAAAACAAUUUGCGGAAACAUAAAAUCUAUCUUUUUUGUAUUGAAAUGAUUUGAAUGCUUAUUUGUAACUAAUGUGAUACAUAAUAAAAAUAACAUGAAAUGUAUUGCACAAUAACAUUGGACUUCGAAUGUGAUGCUGUUCUGUUAUUGUCAUGUAAUUUAGUUGCAAGAAUUUGGAUCCAGAGACUGAAAAGUCUGUGAUGAGACACUCUGCAGUAAUGUCAGCUCCUGGUGCCACAAUAUGCCAUGAGAGAACAUUCAUCUUAAGUUCCUCAAUUUGAUGAAUUGUAAAAUUUUAACAUAUACAUUGUUUUGCUCUAAUCUGAAGUGGAGUGAGCUUUACAAAAAAAAAAAAAAAAAAAAAAAAAAAAAAGAGAAUGGGCGGAGGAUAUGUUCUCUUUCUUUUAAUGAUAUUUUAAAUAUCAAGGACACAUGUCUGUGUGUGUGUGUGCGUGUGUGGAUGUGUGUGUAUGUAUGUGUGUGUCCACCCAUCCAAACCCUCACUGGAAUCCAUCACGACACUUGAACAUUUGAAACUUUGUAAACUUUAUUAAGGGCAACACGAAAAUGGCAGGAGUUGGUGUUUUUUUUUAAUGCAAAGUUUUAUAUAAUUGUUCAACUCUACACUUAUAGAUAUUAUUAAUAGGCCUAUAAGUCUUGAAUGGAUGCCUAGAAUAUUGUCUUAAUUUAUAAGCGAGGAUUUUUAGUUUGAUUUUUUUUUUUAUUUAUUUAUGUUUUGU